AUGGGAUGCCAAGGAGUUUUCCAUACUGCUUCUCCUGAGGAGAUUUUGAAACCAGCUAUAGAGGGCACACUGAAUGUACUGAGAUCAUGCGGGAAGAAUCAGUCUCUGAAGCGUGUGGUUCUCACCUCGUCCUCUUCUACAGUCAGGAUCAGAGAUGAUUUUGAUCCCAAUAUCCCUCUUGACGACUCAGUCUGGUAUGCAUUAUCAAAGACACUAGCCGAGCAAGCUGCAUGGAAAUUCUGUGAAGAAAAUGGUAUUGACCUCGUCACUGUUCUACCAUCUUUCCUCGUUGGACCCAGCCUGCCUCCUGAUCUGUGUUCUACAGCAUCUGAUGUCCUCGGAUUGCUGAAAGGAGAAACAGACAAGUUUCAAUGGCAUGGACAGAUGGGGUUUGAGAAGCUAAACAGGCUGCAUUACGACUUUGACACAUCCAAGAUAAAGAGUCUCGGGCUCAAGUUCAGGUCUCUUGAAGAGAUGUUCGAUGACUGCAUUGCCUCUUUUGUUGAGCAAGGCUAUUUAACUUCAAGAUAA